CUUUGGCUUCCAGUCGUUCAGAAGCUCAUUAUGGCUUUGUACUCGAUAACUUCAGUCACCAAGUGCCUCCGCUUGUAGUGUGUUUCGGGCCAGCACUAUGAUUCUAGAGAUAUUGGUUAUUCACAUUCUGGUUUUAGUGGUAAUUUACCUUAAAUACCAGCGAAGGUUCCAGCUGGCCCAGAAAAUACCUGGUCCAUGGUUUAUCCCGUGUGUGGGCAACGUGCAAUUGGCCAGUCUUACCGCAGAAACGUUGUUCCUCAAACUAAACGAUUAUUCCAAGGAGUACAAGGAUUGCUUUCGAAUGUGGCUAGGUACCUCGUUAUGGGUUUUCAUACAUAAUCCAAAGGACAUUCAGGAACUUCUCAACAAACGUGAACUGCUGCGAGUGGACGAAUUUUACCACUUGCAUCCGUUGAUUGGAGAUGGAUUGCUGUUAUUGAAUGGGAAUCGCUGGUCGUUGCAUCGGAAAGCACUUUCCCAUGCUUUCAGUACGAACAUUUUGCGGCAGUUUUUCCCGGCAAUUUCCCGCCAUGCUGAUGUACUGGUGUCCAAGUUGAAUACAACAGAUAACGUGGAGAUUACAGAUUAUCUGUUGUUAUGUAUCCUGGACGCGAUAUGUGAGACAUCAAUGGGUGCUCACAUCAACGCCCAAAUGGACUCUAAGUCGGCUUAUGUUGAAGCUUUUCACAAUGCCUCACAUAUCCUAUUCAAAAGGAUGUCAAAUCCCCUUCUCCAGUCACAUUAUGUAUUUCGCCUCACCCCUGAUUAUAAAAAAGUAAAGAUGGCGAUUGCUACGCUCCAUGCAUUGACUGACAACAUCAUCAGCGCAAAACGAAAGCAACUGAAUGGCCACAUAAAGGAAGAUGAAAAUCCGGAGGGCACCAGAAAGCCGGCCCUACUUGAUGUCCUCAUGCAGUGCGAAAUAAAUGGAAAACAUUUAACUGAUCAGGAGAUCAAGGACCAUGUGAAUACGUUCUUAUUUGCGGGAAUUGAUACUACCAAAUCUGGUACAAGUUUCAUCCUCUACAAUAUCGCAAAGUACAAGAACGUUCAGGAGCGAUUAUAUGAAGAGAUUACAUCUUUAAUUGGAACAGAUCCCGGGCAGGAAAUCAACGCCUCAUAUAUACCGAAUCUCCCAUACCUGGAUGCAGUAAUGAAAGAGUCCUUACGACUCCACACAGCGGUUCCAGUUUCUGCCCGACAAACUGCUAAAGAGAUUACCAUUGGCAACUAUACUUAUCCGGAAAGCACUGCGCUUUGGAUAAAUAUCUACGGAAUGUGCCAUGAUUCGAGGAUUUUUAAAAGUCCAUAUGAGUUCAACCCGGACCGAUUUUUAACUCCAGAUUGGGUGGACGAACACGGUGAUUAUGCUUUUAUACCCUUUUCAGCGGGGUUGAGAGUUUGCAUAGGGAAGCAAUACGCCAUUUUCACUAUGAAAACGAUUAUAAUAAAGAUAUUGUUGAGUUACCAAAUUGAAUUGACUUAUCCUGAAGAGCAGUUGCAGUUACUGGCUGAGAUGGUGUUGAAGUCAAAGACUGGGAUAAAUUUGAAGUUUCGGAAACGCGAGAGUAAUAAGUAAGAAUAAUGCAAGUAUUUGAAAUUUAUGUUAGUAUGUAUAUUAAACAGUUUUUGUAACUCCUUCCAUUAUAUGUAACAAAUUUAUUUAAAUUUUACAAACCAGAAAAGUCAAUCACUGUAGAGACGAAAUAUAUUUUACUCUUAGCUGAGGAA